AGAUAUCUGUAAUCAUAAAAACAAAAAUAAAAAAUAAAUAAAUAAGAGAAGCUGUGCCUGUGUUUGUGAUUUGUGAACAAACAAAGUUAUGUUCUUGCGCACAAAUUUCGGAUUUUUUGUGAAAUUUAAACAGCAAGCUACACGGAGAAAACAAGGCGAAGGAAUCUUAUAUGCUAUACAAAUUACAAACAACACAUUUUAUAUAUUUAUUUCCAUCGAAAAGUUCUGCAUCUUAAUUUUCCCCUUAAAAUUACAAUCCCAUGUCAAAGCCCGACGAGUCCAAUCCGGAGAAUGUGACGCCACCGGCGGCGGUAGCAGAGGGAGGAGAUUUGGAGAAUCAGACGACGGAGGUGGGCGGCGGUGGAGUAUCCAACAUCGUGCAGCGGUGGCAGAGGGAGGAUCUUCUCAAGAGGAGCUCCUUGGCUCUACGCUGCAUCGGCUUGGUUUUCUCGCUGCUGGCUUUCGUUAUAAUGGUCAGCAACAAGCAUGGCGAUUGGAGAGAGUUCGAUAAAUAUGAAGAAUACAAGUAUGUGGUUGCGAUAGCAAUUUUAUCGACGCUGUACACCGGAUUUCAAGCUUUCCGGCAGGUUUAUGAACUUUCGACUGGUAGAGAGGUGGUCUCCCGGCCGUAUGUGGGGUUGAUUGACUUUUUCGGCGAUCAGAUUGUGGCAUACUUGCUGAUAUCAGCUGCUUCAUCAGCAGUACCUCUGACGAACAGAAUGCGAGAAGGCGCAGAUAACAUAUUUACGGAUGCAUCAGCUUCGGCAAUAAGCAUGGCAUUUUUCGCGUUCCUCUCAUUGGGUUUGUCGGCUCUUAUUUCAGGAUACAAACUCUCGCAUCAAACGUACAUUUGAUCAGCUCUCGUGUCAAAAAUGGUUACCCUUGGCUGAUUGUUUUCUCUCUGUUUUAGCAUUAUCAUCCGUAAAUGUGCGUUUUUUGCUUGUGAAUUUAAUGUUUUUUACUUGAUACUGAGCUGGCAUUUGAUUUUCUCGGUGAUUGUAUAUGUUGGUAAAUGUAUGUGUAGUUGUGAAGUGAAGGACUCACAAAAGAGAAAUUUUCCAGACAGUAAAAAUUUUACUCGUGAAUGAAAUGAAUCCUUUCUCUGCCCA